GAUACGGUAGCGGAUCGGCUCGAAACUCGGCGGUUCGGCCCCAAACCCUCCCCCGGUACCCCGUGACUGUGGGUCUCUGUGAACCCCGCAGCCUCGCUGGGUAGAGCAGUGACCCCCUCCCUCAAGGUAAACGCGAAUAUAAAACCAUUUCCACCCCCCCUAUCCUUCCGUCCUCAGGCCUUGAUACUAGAAAAAAAACCCACGCAAUACGCCUCGAAAACUGAAAAAUUGCGAGAUGGCAGCAUCCGGACUCAAGGCCUCAGACCUCCGUGCCUUCGACCUUGCGGCUGCUGGGCAGUAUGUUUGAUCUAGCUACCCUUCGUUAGCCUUAUUUCUCUCUCCUUUAACCUCCUCCUCCCACCGACUUCCCGUCCAAGCAAAAUACAAGCUUAGGUCUGUCGGGCUAACAAUGGCUAGCGAUGGCGUCCUCUCAGAUGAAUCCGGGGCACUAGUCAUAAAACCCUGCACGGCCCGCGAAGUAGCCUUCUACACAUCUGCCGCCGAACACCCCAAGUUCCAAAAAUGGAUGCCAACCUUCUUCGGAACUCUCGAGCUCUCCGGCCAGGAGACGACUGGGGAGCCCGUCACGCACGAUCGUACUGCCUCCAUCGUUUUGCAAAACCUCGCCUACGGUUUCGGCAAAGCUUGCGUCUUGGAUAUCAAGCUGGGAGCCCAGCUCUGGGACGAUGAGGCACCGCAGGCAAAGCGCGAUCGCCUGGACGCCGUUUCAGACGCCACCACAUCCCGCCCGCUUGGUAUGCGCAUUGCCGGGAUGAAGGUGUGGAAGGGCGAGGCUAGCGGCGGGUAUAAAGUCUUCGACAAGCACUACGGGCGCACGUUCACCGCGGACAAUUGCCUGGAAGCUGUCAAGGAGUACUUUGCUGCGGAUAUCAACGAGGAGCAGAAGAAGUUGAUUGCCGAGAGGUUCUUGAAGAAGGUUGCAGAAAUCCGCGAGGUGCUUGAGGCGCAGGAGAGUAGGAUGUAUUCUGCUUCUUUGCUCUUCGUGUAUGAGGGUGAUGGAAAGGUUCUUGAGACCGCAUUGGGGGAGGAGGAGGAGAAUGCUAAGAAGCCACCGAAGGGUGAGGAUGACGAGAGUGAAGAAGAUGAGAAGGUCAAGAAGGUUGAGGAGCUCAAGUUGAUCGACUUUGCUCAUGCCAAUUGGGCCCCGGGCAAGGGGCCCGACGAGAAUGCUCUGCAAGGGGUAAGGAGUGCUGAGAGAUUACUUGCGGAGUUGGUUCAAUGA